AUGACGAAAUACGACGAAUAUGAAUACGAGUCCCGUGACGUCAUCUGGGUGCUGACCUUCUGGUAUCUGCCGGUGUUCAACGCCUGGCUGCUGUUGUGCCCGUGGACGCUGGCGCACGACUGGCAGAUGGGCUCCAUCCCGCUCAUCACCUCCAUCAUAGACACCAGGAACAUCGCUUCUCUUUUGUUCUACGGCGCCCUUGUACUUAUACUCAGAGCUGGAUGCUUGAUGAAGGGCCAGGAGGGGCGGGCGUUGCUGCUGGGGCUGGCGCUGCUGGUGCUGCCAUUCCUCCCGGCCACCAACCUCCUCUUCACCGUCGGCUUCGUCAUCGCCGAGAGGAUACUCUACAUCCCCAGCCUGGGCUACGCGAUGCUGGUGGGCGUGGCCCUCUCGCGGGCGGGACGGCUGAGGGCGCCCUGCCUCCUGCUGCUCCUCGUCGCCGCCUCCUGCAGGACGCUACAGAGGAACCGGGACUGGGAAUCCAGGGAGACGCUCUUCUU